GUGGCACACUUUUGCCAGUGCCACAGCGGGUGACGUGGGGGCCGCCUGAGGGCCCCCACCCAGUCUCCAAGUCCGAGUCGGAAACGCACACGGGAGGACAGAACAGUUCUCAGGGGCCCACGGAGAACCCAGUCUCUUACCCAACAGUCUGUCUGGACCGCCGGCCACUGCAGUAAACGAAGUCUUCUGUAAGCAAGAGUCUCGAGUCGAUGCAGGCAGUUGAGCGUCCUCCCAGCAUGGUGCCGACGCACCCUCCCCACCUGCCCUUCCUGCCCGGCACGUCCUUCAGCGACCCGCGCAAGACCCACCACCCCAAGACACAGACACUCGUCUACUGCACUGACAGCCGGGCCGACAACAUCAAGGCUGAGAACAUCGCACUCGACGAGGAGGUUGGUUGGCCAAAAGCAGAGAGUCGGCAUGGGGACCUCUGCAGUGUGUCAUGCACUUAUGUCAUAUGCAGGUGCUGCAGUCGAUGAACAGCACGGCUGCGUGGCGGAUUGACACAUCUCGGCCCGUCAUCACACACGACGAGCGCAGGGCUGCCAAGGACGCCCUCAGAAACACUUACAGGCACCGAAGUGGCACGGGAACGUGUCUCUAUGUGCAUCAGUGUCUCCUGUCUCUCUCUCUGUCUCUCCCUCCUCAGGCCGACCAUCCAGCCCGCCUGGCUGAAGCAUGACCGCCAAGUCCUGCGGUUCUUCUGCUUCUACCAGGAGCCUGUGGUUGAGCGCCCUGACGAGAACUUCCGUGUGCGCAACUGUGUGCUCAACUACCACCUUGAAGACGGAACGGUCCAGAUGAAUGAGCCCAAGGUGGAGAACAGCGGCAUUCCCCAGGGCCCCUUCCUCAAACGACACCGCGCACGCAAACCCGACGGCACGGGAGACCUUCUGCCCGGAGACAUCAAGGUCAGGCGACCGCGAGAACCACAGAGAUACAUAUGCCAUGGGGGAUUGUGUUGUGUGUGUGUAUGUGUGUGUCAGCUUGGGAUGAAGCUGGAGCUGUACGGCAAGGUGUUCCGCGUGGCGGAUUGUGACGACUUCACCAAGUGGUUCUACCAGCAGGCUGGCUUCGAGCUGGGCACGCCUGUCGAGACACGCACCGACAACUUCUUCGACAACUCGGUCAUCAAGCGGUCCACCCUGGGCGCCAAGAAACUCAUUCCCAAGGAAGUCGCCGAGCAAAAGGAAUACACCGGUAUGUGUGUGGCCGCUUUCUCGAGGUUACGUGGGCCAUGCGGCUCAUUGGAUUGCUGCGUCUUCAGAGGUGAUGCUGGGCGGAGCCCGUAAGAACCUCCGCUUGCAGCAGUUCCUGGACAACGACCGGCGUGUGCUGCGGUUCUACUGCUACUGGGACGACCUCGCCAGGUAUGGCGCUCGCGUCUAUUACGUCCUCCACUACUUUCUGUCAGGUGCGCCCGCCCGCCUCUCUCUUUGUCUGGCUCACAUGUGGCUGAUGUGUGUGUGCAGACGACACGGUGGAGAUCCUGGAGCAGCACCCCCGCAACAGUGGGCGCGACCCCUUCCCCGUCUUUUUGCGGCGACAGAAGCUGACCAAGAACCCCGAGGUCAAGGCCUGCCCGGGGCUCAUGGAGAAUGCACCCAAACCAUACAGGCCAGCCACCCAGCCUGCAAUGAAUGCAGGACUUCACUCACGAGACAGACACAUACGGCUUGCAUACUUACAAGUGAGUGAAUGCGUGUGUUUUAACAGGACUCACGACAUGAUGGUUGGGGGCGAGAUCAGCGUGUACAACCGCCGGUUCCACCUGUACGACUGCGACGACUUCACGCGGCAGUUCUACAAGGACUACCUUAACAUCACCCAACCCAGGGACGAUAUUCCAAAGGAAGUUGCGGUGCGUACGGCCAUUGUUUGGGGUGGUGGGGUGGUGAGGGAGGUCUCUCGCUGUGUACAUGCAGGACCUGCCCAAGCUGGAUGACCCGCCCCACAUCGGUCUGGGCUCUGACGAAGACUCACUCGCCACCUGCAAACACCUGGUGUGCAAAUCAAACGGGGCGGCUGCCUGCGCUCCACUACUGUGUUGCCUUUUGAUGCCCGCAGGUGCCCCGACCGCUGAAGGUGGACAUGCAGAAACUGCUGACGAUGAGUGAUAAGAUGCUCAGAUUCGAAGUAAGUAGUGCCCUCGCAUACCGGCACGCGCCAUCCGUCGUGUUUCAUGUUUCCCCUCCCUUGUGUCGUGCGUGUCUCAUAUGUAUGUUGCUUCUCUGCGCGCGUGCGUGUCAGGGUCGGGUGGUGAAUGGCCAGAAGGAGGACGAGCGUCGUCGGUUCAUCAUCGGCAUGCGGCUGUCGGACGAGGCCAUGGGCGUCUGGGAACUUCGAUGCAGAAACUCCGGACACGUACACAAACAUCAAACACGGCCACGCACACUUUCUAAGCUUUUGCUUGCUUGCAUCUGUGUCAUAUAUGACAGACGGAGGGCAAGUUUGCUGAGCUGGGGAGGAAGAAGGUCAGACUCACCAGACAGCCAUCUAUCUCAUCUGUGUCUCACUCUCUCUGUGCUGUGGCUGCACUGUUUGUUGGUUCAGAAUCCGAUGGCGCCAGCGGGUCCCCGUCCAAGCUUCUACAAACCCGAGGACCUCUUCGUGGGCGCCACCAUAUUCGUCUCAGCCACGCCUUUCUAUCUCAUACGAGCCGACGAGUAUACACUCAAAGUGAGGAAGGAGUGUGUGACGGACGGCCCACAGAUGUUUGUCAUGUGUUUGUCUCACUACACUGUGUGUGUGUAUGUGUAUGCAGUACAUGGAGACGCACCCGGCUCAGUUCCCACUCGCCGGCGUCGACAACGUCCUCGCCCGCCUCAAACCCGUCCUACAACAGCUGCAGGUCAGUCAGGUGCAUUGCACUGUGGCUUUGCUGUGAUUGGCUACGUCGUGUCGCUGUGCGUGUCUGUCUCUGCCUGCAGGCUGAUGGCGUCCGCACUGUGACGCCCGAGGAACUUAAGAGCAAGGUGGUGGAGGCCCUAGGCGAAGACGGGGCGCUCAUUGUACGAGACGCCACACACACACACACGUCCAUCCGCCCGUGUAUGUCUGAGUUGUCUGUGCAGGAGCACGAGUUGAUAACGUUGAUACGGCACCCGUCGGCCCUCCCGCCCGACAGCGCCCUCGAGGCACCCGAUGCACCACUCAAGCUCAAUAUCGACGCACUGCUGCCGCCACAGACACAGACGGACGCCGCCAACCAGUGAUCGGCCAAAGGGCAGGCAGGCAGGCAGACAGACAGACGGACGGACCGUCAUCGGCCGAUUGAUGUGUGGACGAAUGUUUGGAAGCGCAACCAUUCGGAUGAAUCAAUGUGUGUGUGGCAUGCAGAGGGAGGACGGGAACAGCAGCACUUCACAUAACGAACGAUUGAU